UUUUGCUCAGAAUGAUAACGGUUAUAUGAAUGAGGAAAGCGAAGUCAAAGAUACAACUCAAAGAUAUAAAACACAAACGUUUAUGAACAAGACUCGUAGGAAAAAACGACUUCAAAAUGCAUCAAAGGUUGACAAAUCUGGGAAACCAAUUAAGUCUGGAACGAAAGAUGCAUUUGGGUCAUCUCAGCGUCAGGUAGGGAAAGGAAACACACAGAGGGCGGAAAGAGAGGCCAACCAUUCCAAGAAGAAAGACGGUGUAAAUCCUUUUAAAAAGAACGUUGAUGUGACCAGGAGUACAGAAAUGACAUUCCAAAGUGAUUUAUACGUAGACAUGAAUCAGACUUCGUGUUACCAAUCUCAAACAGAAAAAUAUUCAGCGAAAAGAAAAACUAAUGGUCAAAAACUAAAAAAUAAAUUGAGGUCUUUUGUAGAUAAAUCUCCCCGAAAUAAUCAACAAAAUUAUGAAAAUAUUGACUUGAAGAAUACAGAUUCAAAAGUGAAAGUAACAGAACAUGAAUCUGUAGAAUCAGAUUAUGCAAAUAUAAGUUCUUCUCCUUCCGUAUCAACAGACUCCAAUUCGACAGAUUCUUCAUCAAGUCCGGAUGAACUGCAUGGAAACACAAUAAUAUAUAAAGCUAAAAAAGUAAAUAUUAUAAAGAUGUAUUCGAUCAACGAUGAAAAGUGAAAUGUACAAAUCAAAGAUUUAAAAGACGUAGCUGUAUGGGGAAUAUAAAAAAUCUAUUGAUAGAAAAUUUUGGGGCUUGUGUUUUCUUGAACAAAAGAAAGAAGCAAAGUGAAAACAUUUUUUAAAGUUAUACGGUAACCUUUUUUAUAGUUUAUAGUUUGUUCUUUUGUUAUACUGUUACUCAGCUGUCCAAGAUAACAGGAGGGUUUGACACUAGCAAACUACAGUUGAACCCUGCAACAUUCUGUAUAUGCCUGUCUCAAAUCAGGAACAUCUAUUCAGACGUUUUUUGUUUGUUACUGAGUAUUAUAUUUUUCGAUCAAACUUUUGUGAAAAAUCAGGCCAGUAAAUUUCUCGUUUGUAUUGUUUAAGUUGUCAUUUAUGGGCCAUUUAUAUCUGUCAAUUAGGUAUGCGCUUCGUUCAGCGGUGAGGGCCGUACGAUGACCUAUAGUUGUUAACUAUAUAUAAAAUUUGUGGAGC